AUGGUGUUCAUACGGGAACAGCUGCAGUGGGUUGCCAGUGCUCCAUUCACUCCGCCGGCAAGUGAAUUCCGCCAGCCCUCGACGCGCAGGGUUCAGAAAUCGUCGGACGGCGUCAUGCUGAGCGACGCUCUAUCACGGAGCUUAUUCCCGUUUUUACCUCAACUGUCGGGUCUUCAUAACCUAUCCGCCAUUCAGGCGCUGAAUUCCGGAGCUACGCUAACUAGUCCGCCGCCAUCUAAUCAGGCGAACGGUGCCCCUAAAUAUCGGUGUCACCUCUGCGGGGAAGAGUAUGACAAUGCAACUGAAUUCGACCAGCACGGGAAGUCCCACUUCGAGCAUCGCUGUUCCUACUGUGACUAUACGUCGAAGACAGAAGGCCGAUUGAAGCGGCACGUCAAGGAUUUCCACGAGACCCCUCCAUCUUCGGAGGCCACACCGACGAGUUCGUUCCCUUCCUCAAUGGGGCCUGGGAGCCAGCAUUCGGAAAGCGAUGAUAGCUCAUCACAGCAGAACGCAUCAUCGACCGGAGGUGGAGGUCAAGGCGGAGCCUGCGGUGGGGCCAAUCCAGGCCAGCAAAAGCCACGCAUCUCGAAAUGUAAAGCGUGCGGCUUUGUCGCCGAAACGAAGACUGAAUUCUGGGAGCACUCGAAGAUGCAUAUCAAGCACGGCAAGAUGCUUGAGUGUCCUCAGUGCCCCUUCGUGACCGAGUACAAACACCAUCUCGAAUAUCACCUCCGUAAUCACUACGGCUCGAAGCCGUUCAAAUGUGCCAAAUGCAAUUACAGCUGCGUGAACAAGUCGAUGCUGAACUCGCAUAUGAAGUCACACUCGAACGUCUACCAGUACCGUUGUGAGGACUGUAAUUACGCAACAAAGUAUUGCCAUAGUCUGAAGUUGCACCUCCGUAAGUACGGCCACAAACCGUCCGUGGUGCUCAAUCCAGAUGGAACGCCUAACCCGUACCCGAUCAUUGAUGUCUACGGCACGAGGAGAGGGCCACGGCCCAAGAAAAAUGCUCCAGGUGGCAGUCCUAGUCACGGCAACAUGUCUUCGAACAGUGCCCUCCCGGACGCUAUAGCGGGCCAACCUUUCCCGCUCCUGCAGACACCACUGACCGAUGUGGCGAGUCUCUUACGCACCAGUAACGACUGGAUACACUUUCCAUUUGCAUGGACUCCAACUGCUCUUGACGGCGUCGAUCGAACGACCUUGACAAACGGCAUACUACCUGACCUCGGUCUACUCACGACGCAAAUUCCCGGCCAGACUCUACUCUCCGCUGAAAGUGAUGCCGACCCAGAGAACAAUUCGGCUCAGAUUCAAGCUGAAAAUCUCGAGUCAAAUAUCGAACUUUCAGACAUCGCUUGUUCCAUGACAGAACUCUCUACUGAAGAUAAGCCUGCCACCGAACGCAGUUCAGCCAUUUCCACGGAAUCCAUGGACUUACAGAUGAGUCCCGCGCCCCCAGCUGCCGCCAUGCCAACUCCUGAACAGUCGGAGAACGACAUUGAGCACAUUGAGCACCAUGGUCGUUCGGUCAAAUCAGAACCUCUCGACUGGAACUUAGAGGAAACGCCCCUCGAUCUCAGUCGAAGUGCUCCGCAUUCCCCAGUCCUUAUGCCAUCGUUAAACAUUUCAACGUCGAUUUCCGAUCAUAUCCCGCAGAGUCCCCCUUCCGGAGAUGCUCAGUCACCUAUGCCAGACCACGCGCCUCCGUCGCUACCUUCCAUAGAAACCGUCAGUUUGCUUCCAUUAUCCAACAGCUGCAUACAGGAUAAUCCGCUACAAAGUCCACCGAGUUCACUACCAACCCCGAUCGUCCCCCCUGUGACAAACCCCAGGCCGUCGCUGCAGUCAUCGUCCUCGAGGCGUAAGGGCCGAGCCUGCAAACUUGAUACGUUCCAAUGCGACUUCUGCGACAUGCUGUUUAAAGACUCGGAUAUGUUCACCAUUCAUAUGAAGUAUCAUGAGUUUGAGAACCCCUUCAAAUGCAAAGAGUGUGGUCUGCAGACUACUAACCGACUAGAUUUUUUCGUUCACCUUGCUCGAAUUCCGCACAAAUGAACGAAACCGAAUGCUUUUUCAUGCUUAGCCAUGUGUCCUUCAGGGACAUAAGGGAUGUCCGUAGACAGGACGAGAUACGAUAGCUGGCAUAGUGUGGCGAUCAGUUUAACGAGGUUGUUGAACCUGUACUAGUCAUUGAUAAAACUAGCUGUGUGUAUAGAAGUAUUAGUAGUAACUAAUAGAAAAAUGGUGAUAUCCCGUAAUUUCAAGUAGAAACACUGACGGUUCUAACAAUGGCUACUCAGCAGUAUAUUGCAGCUAAGGGUAGUUUGGGUAUCGCCGUAGAGAGAGAGAGAGAGAGAGAGAGAGAGAGAGAGAGAGAGAGAGAGGUAUAUUAUAUUGGAAUGGCACACAAAGGUAGCUAAUGAUGAUAUAUAAAUCUCUAACAACUACGAAAUCAAACAGUUGAUCUCAAUG